GCAAACGCGCCGAUUCGCCGCCUCACGGACCAGAGCUGCUCCGGACAGCAUCCAUCUCGCUGCGAGUGGCAAGCUGUAGCCAAGGUCGCAGUUGUGAGUGGCAGAUGUAUCGCAUUUGUCAAGAUGCGCCAUGGGUGUCGCCAAAUUCAUGCCUUGUUUGCCCCUUGCUCUGCGGCGUCACGCUGCCAGAGCUGCCUCGAUGAGGGAUGCUGACCAACUUUACCGUCGCAAAGCUAAUAAAUGUCGGAAUGCGCAUCCUUCGAGCCUGUCAAUAACCCCCGUCUCAUCAUCAUCGCUGUAUUUCCUAGACGAUAUACAAGCUCUUCCCUUUGUCCUGCGCACGCACACUCAAACGUUAGCUCUUGGCUACUGUGCGCCCACCACAAUCUGGCAGAUUCUCUAGCUCGCAGUCGGGCAUCCUUCAUCAGUCUGACAACGCGCACAACGUGCAUAGGUAAAGCCAGAUAUCUAUCUGGACAGGACAGGACAGUGGCAAGUAGAUUGAGCCGCGCCGC